AUGGCUUCCGCUGCGGAAACAAAGCCUGCUGUCCAUGACCCUGAUCUUGUGAAUCGCAACGAGGCUAUCGAUGCUGAGAAGAAGAGCACUGCAUCUGAUCUCGAUCAGCACCACACUGGGAACCCGUUGGACCACGCUAUCACCGCUGCCGACCGCGAACACUAUGCGAAGUACGGUACAUUCGACCGUUACGAGAUCACCGAGGAGGACUGCUAUGAUGAGCUUGGGUUCUGCUUCCCCACUUGGAAGAAAUGGACCAUACUUAGUAUCGUCUUUAUGGUACAAGUCAGCAUGAACUUUAAUACUUCAUUAUACUCCAAUGGCGUAACAGGUAUCUCUGCAGAGUUCGGCGUCAGUGCGCAAGCCGCACGUCUUGGUGCAGCCAUCUUCUUGAUCACAUAUGCGUUCGGCUGCGAGCUGUGGGCACCCUGGAGUGAAGAGUUAGGACGAUGGCCUAUCCUCCAGCUCAGCUUGUUCUUCGUCAACAUCUGGCAAAUUCCUGUGGCCAUCGCGCCCAACUUUGGGACUAUCCUUGCAUUCCGUGCACUUGGUGGUCUCUCCACUGCAGGUGGUUCAGUCACACUAGCCAUGGUGGCCGAUAUGUGGGAGCCGGACAACCAGCAGUACGCCGUUGCAUUCAUCGUCUUUUCGUCCGUCGGCGGUUCAGUCCUCGGACCUAUCGUUGGUGGCUUCGUCGAACAGUUCCUUGCUUGGAGGUGGAACAUCUGGAUACAGCUGAUUUUCGGCGUCGCUGUCCAAAUCGCCCAUUUUAUCUUUGUUCCCGAGACACGUACCACGAUUCUCCUGGAUCGCAUCGCCAAGAAGCGUCGCACUGAGGGUGACAAGAACGGCAAGCCGAACAACAUCUGGGGACCAAACGAACUCAAGACGUCCAAGGAGCGCUUCAGUGUGCACGAGAUUCUCACCACCUGGAUCAGGCCCUUUCGCAUGUUCGUCACUGAACCCAUCGUCCUGGUAUUAUCUCUGUUAUCAGGUUUCUCCGAUGCUAUCAUCUUCAUGUUCCUCCAGUCGUACGCGCUGGUGUACGAGCAAUGGGACUUUCCUAUUUUCGCCGUUGGUCUCACUUUCGUGGCUAUCGGUAUCGGCUACUUCAUCGCGUGGUUCUCCUUCUUCCCGGCUAUCAAGCGCAACGAGCGCCUGCGACGUGAACGCCCCGAUGAUGAGCGCUCGCAGUACGAGGCCCGUCUCUGGUGGUUAUUGUACACGGCACCCUGCCUCCCGAUCGGUCUAAUAAUCUUCGCGUGGACCUCAACUGGCCCGCCAAUUCACUGGAUGGGCUCCCUGGUCGGCUCAGCUAUCAUCGGUAUCGCCAACUAUGCCAUUUACAUGGCGACCAUUGAUUAUAUGAUCUGCGCCUACGGUCCCUACUCAGCUUCCGCAACCGGUGGCAACGGCUGGGCUCGUGACUUCCUUGCCGGUGUCCUCACGCUUCCCGCGACACCUUUCUUUCAGAACAUUGGAGGCGAGAACCAUCUUGCCUACGCGUCGACGAUUCUCUUUGGAAUCUCUCUUCUGCUCGUCGUAUCCGUCUAUGUCAUCUACUGGAAAGGGCCUGUGCUGCGAAAGCGCAGUCCUUUUGCACAACAACUAAGUGCUGCUCGUGAUGAUACCGGUGGCCGGCGAGUUAGCAGUUUGCCAGGUAUAUACGGAUCAAGAGCCAACUCGAUCGCUCAGCAAGGUGGUUCUGUGCCACACUCGCGCAGAGGCAGUGUCGUUCGCGGUGUUCCUGGCGGAGAGAAUAGGUAUGAGGAAGUGAAGCGUGCGAAGAUGCAGCGAAAGCAAAGUGCGCGCAGCACUAACGGACUUGCAUAAAGGGUGUUCGCUAUGACUAGGAAGUCUGGUCACCUCAGCACAUGUUCAAUGACGAUAAUGACCUUGUGAUACCCUUCUUAGUUAUUGGAUGUUAAUACAAUUGAUGAGCUUGAUCUUA